AUGCCCAGCUACCGUUUAACGUACUUUGACGCUCGAGGCCGUGGCGAAGUUAUUCGUUAUUUAUUUGUUUUAGCUGAUGUCCCUUAUCAAGAUGUUCGCGUUACUUCGGAAGAAUGGAGAGAGAUAAAAAGUGACAUUAAGGCUCCUUUUGGACAACUUCCGAUAUUAGAAGUUGAUGAUAAAGUACUGUGCCAAAGUGACGCAAUUGCAGUCUAUCUUGCUCGAGAAUUUGGAUUAACUGGUAAAACUAGUUGGGAUGAAUACAGAGUUUACGUCGUUCAAGGAGCUGUUAAUGAUUUGAUAGCUAAGCUUAUUGAUAUUCACUACUACACGGACGAAGAAACUAAAAAGGCCGAAAAACAGAAAGAUUUCUCUGAAAAUUUUCUUCCUUCAUGGUUAAGUGCUGUUGAAAAAGUAUAUAAGGAAGGUGGUACCAGUUUUUUCGUUGGUGACUCACUGACCCUUGGCGAUUUACAUUUUCUUUUCGCUGGCGAGACCCUCCAAAUGCUUGACAAAGAUAUCUUUAAAAGUGCCCCUGCUUUGGAUGAGCUGUUCGAUCGCAUAGCUAACAUUCCCAAAAUUAAAGCUUGGAGAGAAAAGCGCCCGGAAACAGAUUUCUAA